CAGUUCACGUUCAGUCUGUGUUCUCCUUGACCGCGACCAGGAUGGAUUGUAAAACCGAGCAAGUUCCCCUGAAUCUAAACAACUACCCGAACCAGGGACCGAAUGCCCAGAUGGUGACCACCACCGUCGUUAACGUGGCCCCGAGUGUGACCUCGGUCCGGGACCACUUCCUCUGGUCCAUCUUCAACUUCGCCUUCAUGAACUUCUGCUGCCUGGGCUUCGUGGCGAUGGUCUUCUCGGUCAAAUCCAGAGAUCGGAAAGUUGUGGGAGACGUGGAAGGAGCUCGGCAUUAUGCAUCAACAGCCCGAACACUCAAUAUUGUAACGGCAGUACUGAGCUCUCUUCUUUUCAUAAUUUGCUUCGCGAUGCUACUUGCUGGCACAUUUCAUGCAGCGCGAACAGUGCAACAUUCUGAUCUUUGGAAUUGAAUUGAUGGUGGCAUUUCCGGUGACAGAAGCUGUUUUUGAUAGAAUAGUUUUCCACAUUUCCUGUACUCUAAACUGCUUUCUUUCUGUAAUGUUUAUCUAAUGCUAACAUCCUUUGAUGCAAUCGCCUGACAGCAAUUCAGAUUUAUUCAUGUAAAAUUUGGCCAAAAUGUGGUCAUGAUUGUAUUAAUAAAGCAAUUUAUAAAA